GGUCGUAGACGCCGCGAAGACUGCAGAGUGUAGCAGGCAAACAGAUCUAUCAUCUCAAGCUCUUCGGCGGCGACGACGAGGAGAGCGGAUCCGAGAUGGCGGGGAGCGGUUGGAGGAGGAGCGCGGCGGCGCGGGCCGUCUCGCGCCACGCGUCGUUGUUCCUGUGGCUCGCGCUCGCCGCCGCGGCCCUGACGCUGGCCCAGGUGCUCAUCCACCUCGCGAAGAAAUCAGACCUGACAGAGGUUACGCACAAGGUCUACUUCGACAUCGAGAUCGACGGCAAGCCCGCAGGUCGGAUUGUUAUGGGACUUUUUGGGAAGACUGUUCCUAAAACAGCAGAGAACUUCCGAGCACUUUGCACGGGAGAGAAAGGAGUUGGCAAGAGUGGCAAACCACUCCACUACAAGGGAAGUGCAUUCCAUAGAAUUAUCCCCAGCUUCAUGAUCCAAGGAGGUGACUUCACUCUUGGCGAUGGAAGGGGUGGUGAAUCUAUCUAUGACUUAAAGUUCGCCGAUGAGAACUUCAAGAUCAAGCACACUGGGCCAGGCCUUCUGUCCAUGGCCAAUGCUGGGAGAGAUACAAAUGGAUCCCAGUUUUUCAUCACCACUGUAACAACAAGCUGGUUGGACGGGAAGCAUGUUGUGUUUGGCAAGGUGUUGUCUGGAAUGGAUGUUGUCUACAAGGUUGAAGCUGAAGGCAAGCAGAGCGGGCAACCAAAGGGCAAGGUUGUCAUAGCAGAUAGCGGCGAACUGCCGAUGUGAUGAGCUGAACUGAUCUUUUAAUGCAAGUGUAAUAAGAAGUUUCUCUGGCUCUCUGUCGUCAUAGAACUGUUAUUAGUGGCCUGUUCGGCCGAAAUUGGCUUGAGCCGAUUGCAGCUGACUACAGUAACUUGCUUAUUUACUUAGUUGCAAAGUUUUAAAGCUGAACUGACCAAUGGUCGUCCUACAUCUUUUUCA